CCGGAUGCUGCCUGAGCUGUUUUGGCUGUUUUUCUUCGCCGGCGAUGAAGGCUCUGCCUUGAAGAUGGACAUGAUCUGUUUUUUAUUCCUGUCUCUGGUGCCGGUGUACAGCGGGGGACAAGGGGUGUACGCUCCUGCUCAGGCUCAAAUCAUCCAUGCUGGGCAAGCAUGCGUGGUGAAGGAAGAUAACAUCAGUGAGCGUGUUUACACAAUUCGGGAGGGGGACACGCUGGUCCUGCAGUGCCUGGUCACAGGACACCCCCGGCCACAGGUGAGAUGGACCAAAACCGCUGGCAGCGCGUCGGACAAAUUCCAAGAGACGUCAGUGCUUAACGAGACCCUUCGGAUUGAGAAGAUCCAAAGGCUGCAGGGGGGCCGCUAUUACUGUAAAGCAGAAAAUGGGGUUGGGGUCCCUGCCAUCAAGUCCAUUCGAGUAGAUGUGCAGUAUCUAGAUGAACCUGUUCUCACCGUUCACCAGACCAUCAGUGAUGUACGGGGCAGCUUCUACCAGGAGAAGACCGUCUUCCUCCGCUGCACGGUCAACUCCAACCCGCCAGCUCGCUUCAUCUGGAAACGGGGAGCUGAGACACUUUCUCACAGUCAGGACAAUGGUGUGGACAUCUACGAGCCCCUCUACACACAGGGUGAAACCAAAGUCCUGAAGCUGAAGAACCUUCGACCUCAGGAUUAUGCCAGCUACACGUGCCAGGUGUCUGUCCGCAAUGUCUGCAGUAUUCCUGACAAAUCCAUCACCUUCCAGCUCACAAACACCACAGCCCCACCUGCUCUGAAGCUGUCUGUCAAUGAGACUCUGGUGGUCAACCCUGGUGACAACAUCACUAUGCAGUGCUCUCUGACGGGCGGUGACCCGACCCCAGAAGUGGUUUGGUCCCACUCUCCUGGCCCAAUGCCUCCCAACAGCCUUGUGCAAGGAGGCAACCUCACCAUCUGGAGGAUCCGCGUGGAGGACUCCGGCUACUACAACUGCACGGCCAUCAACAACGUGGGGAACCCAGCAAAGAAGAUUGUGAACCUGCUGGUGCGGUCCAUGAAGAAUGCCACAUUCCAAAUCACUCCUGACGUGAUCAAAGAGAGCGAGACCAUCCAGUUAGGCCAGGACUUGAAGCUCUCAUGCCAUGUAGAUGCUGUCCCCCAGGAGAAGGUUGUCUACUCGUGGUACAAGAAUGGAAAACCAGCCAGGUUCUCAGACCGGUUGCUCAUCACCCGCAAUGACCCCGAGCUCCCUCCUGUGACCUGCAGCUUGGAGAUUAUUGACCUGAGAUUCAGUGACUAUGGCACCUACCUGUGCGUGGCUACCUUCCAGGGAGCACCUAUUCCUGACCUCAGUGUGGAGGUGAACAUCUCCUCAGAGACAGUGCCACCAACAAUAAGUGUGCCUAAGGGUCAGUCUGCCAUCACUGUGCGGGAAGGCUCCAGGGCAGAGCUGCAGUGCGAGGUUCGAGGAAAGCCGAAGCCACCCAUCAUCUGGUCCCGGGUAGACAAGGAAGCCCCCAUGCCUUCAGGGACAAUGACAAUGGAGACAUACGAUGGGAAGCUGCACCUGGAGAGUGUGAGCCGAGAAAUGAGCGGGACCUAUAAGUGUCAGACAGCCAGGUACAAUGGAUUUAACAUCAGACCCCGGGAAGCCCUGGUGCAGCUCAACGUGCAGUUCCCCCCCGUGGUGGAGCCGGCCUUCCAGGACGUACGGCAGGGCAUGGGGCACGGCGUCACCCUGCGCUGCACCAUGCUCAAGGGCAGCCCCAUGAAGGUGGCCACCUCCGUCUGGCGCUUCAACGGGAGCCUCCUGGCGCAGCCCCUGGCAGAGCAGCAGGACUACUCGGAGCUCAAGGUGGACAGUGUCAGCCGGGAGACCAGUGGGAGCUAUGAGUGCAGCAUCUCCAACGAUGUGGGGGUCUCCGCCUGCCUCUUCCAGGUGUCUGCAAAAGCUUAUAGCCCAGAGUUUUACUAUGACACUCCCAACCCCACCUUGAGCCAGAAGCAAUCCAAGAAUUACUCUUACGUCUUGCAGUGGACCCAGAAGGAGCCUGAUGCUGUGGAUCCCAUCCUCAAGUACCGCCUGGAAGUCCGGCAGCUGUCUCAGAGAAACACCAUCCAAACCUUCAUUCCUGUGAAGAAAAUGGAGAAAGGCCUGCUGCUGGAGCACAUCUUACCCAACCUGAAAGUGCCUCAGAGCUAUGAAGUUCGCCUGACGCCCAUCACCAGCUUUGGGGCUGGAGACAUGGCCACCCGCAUCAUCCGGUACAUGGAACCAAUCAACUAUCCUAAUCCAACAGAUAACACCUGCCGCUUUGAGGACGAGAAGAUCUGCGGCUUCGUGCAGGACAAGAUGGACAACUUUGACUGGACGCGGCAGAACGCCCUGACGCAGAACCCCAAGCGCACCGUCAACACGGGGCCCCCCACGGACAUCAGCGGCACGCCGGAGGGUUAUUACAUGUUCAUCGAGGCGUCCCGGCCCCGUGUGACAGGAGACAAAGCCCGGCUCAUCAGCCCCCUGUACAAUAUCACUGCCAAGUAUUACUGCGUCUCCUUCUACUACCACAUGUACGGGAAGCACAUUGGCUCCCUGAACCUGCUGGUCCGCGUGCGGAACAAGCGAGCCAUCGACACCCAGGUCUGGUCCCUCAGUGGGAAUCGGGGCAACGUGUGGCAGCAAGCACAUGUGCCCAUCAACCCCCCUGGGCCCUUCCAGAUCAUCUUUGAAGGUGUGCGGGGCACAAGCUACGAGGGGGACAUUGCCAUCGAUGAUGUCACUCUGAAGAAGGGAGACUGCCCAAGGAAGCCAAUUGGACCGAAUAAGGCUGUUGCUCUUCCAGGAAGUGGUGUCCCAGCCCUGCACAGCCCUUGGCUUUGUGGCCCAUUGACUUUCUUCCUUUACGUGCUGCUCAGAUGAUGGCAAGCGAGCGCUCCUGUCUUCGGACCAAGACAUUCCUGCUCCUUUCCUACUCAGCCACCUCUGCUCCUCUUCCUCCCCUCCUCACUGGCACACCAAAGUGUCCAUAUGUUACCAAAGACUGACAGGCAUGACCAUGCAAAGGGAUCUGGUUCAGAACUGGAGCACUCCUUGAGAAAGUCAUAAUGUCUAGAACAAAAUUUAAAAAUAAAGACAAAACUUUUUUUAAAAAGCACGUGCACGAGAGACAGUGAGAGAGAGAGAGGAAGGAAAGAAACACAUGGAGAAAAGAAGGAAUGAAACACAAAAAAAUGGGAAUGAAGAAAUGUGAAGAGCAAAUGAAAGAAGAAAAAAAACACACCCAUGUUUCCUUGGGAAUGUCGAACAGGGCUUCCUCAGGGAAGUGCAAACUUGUUUUAAACAAACAAACAAAAAUAUAUUAAAGCACAAAUUUCUACCAGAACAGUUACCUUCUUUGCUGCAGAGCCCACAGCUUAGUGGAUGAUACCCUGCAGUACUCCCCUUGUCUCCUCAUGCUUUCCCACUGGCUGGGGCUGCCCCGCUCCGGCUUCAGCUCCCUGCAGUAGCACCGGCCUUGUCUGUGGGGCAGCAGCCGCCCGGCAUGCCGGCGGCCGGAGCGCCUUUCCUCGCACCGCAUGUGCUUCAGUGUCUCCAUCCAUCCACGUCUCCCAGGCUCUCAUGUACUUAAUUGCCCCCGGUGUGGUUUGCUUUGGCCUUUCCCCACAGCUCUGUGCUUCUCCUCAUGCCCUGCCCUGAAGAAGAUGGAGCAAGGAAGGGACCGAUGACAUGGACCACGCUGAGUGGUGCAGUCCUGUCUGGAUCCAGCUGCAGCACGGGCCUCCAAGAGCCUCUUUCUGUCUCUCAGCACUCUUGCUGGAUAGGGAUCAGGUCUGAGCUGCAGACAGAAAAUCUGGUCUCUCUGGGGUUGAGGGGUGGAGUGUGAUGGGAUGGAACUGGAAGGGUGGAGCAGUUGCACAUUGGCUUCCCCUGUGAAUAUUGGGAUGGCAGCUGCCUCAGCCCUAAACCCACAAUUGCUUCUCUGCCUGUAUUUUGUUACCUAUUUAUUUUGUUUUUUAUUCCAUUACUUCCUCCACCUCAAGUUUUCUGGAUUAUGGGAAGAGUCAGGCAUUUAAAUGUUCUUUAUCCAGGCAGCAAGUCCUCUGCUCAUGACCCAGCCCCUGGGCUGGCAGUUCAGGCAGUUCCAGUGCUGCCCUCUCACCUCCCAAGGCCUUUUACAUGCACAGUGCAUUCACUACAGUGUGGGCAAAUGGUGGCAACAGCAUCACGGCUCAGGGCUGAGGUUGCUGAGUUUUGUCAGCACAUGCAGCCACACAGGCACUCAAUUUCCACUGCCAGGGCAGUGGGCAGAGAAGCUGAAAGGUGGAAGAGGCAAGAAGCUGCUCCAAGAAGGAUGCAGGCAGGAAGUUGGCCUGAAAGAGGGGCUUGUGCUGAGCUAUGGUGUUGCUUGCCACUGAGGAACAAGGGAGCAGGGAUGGGGGAAAUUCACCUUAUUCUUGACGAUAUCAUGAGUGGGUGAAGCUGCUGUUUCUCUCUGCUGCAGACCUGUAGCAGGUCUGGCCCGACCUCCUCAAGGUGGAGGCACAUGCUGCUCCAGAUGAACUUCCAGAAGGAUUUGCCCUGCACCAGCCAAACAGGAGCUGUGAUAGUGUUGUUGCAUCUGGAGGCAGCUCUGUCAUGACUUACCUCCCUGCACAGGACAGAGUUAGCCCCACAAGGCUGUGAACUGGGGUUUACUAGCCCACACUCGCAAUUAAUUAAGUGUGACUCUUCCUCCUAAGGAAUACCCCAUCCAAAAUCCUUAUCUGGAGCACCACAGAUAAGAUAGCUGUUUCACUGAAGACCCAGUACCCAUGGCACCUUACCCCUUUCUGAUUAAUAUAUCAGCUUCUCGAAGACAGCCAUGUUUGUCUGAAAUCACCUGAAUGCAUUAGCUGCCUCCUGCAUUGCUCAGCUUCCCACCAUGGCUGGGGCCUCAUUGCCUUCACUGAUGGAGGGGGAAAGCUCUUAACUCCCAGCAGAUCCAGCCACCAUCAGAGAGAGAAAGGAUGUCAGCUCUGAGGGACAAGGGGACCUUCUUCAUAGGAGGCCUUGCAAGACAGUGGGAGGGCAUGAUACAGGUCUCCCCAGCUCAUUCUGCUUUUCUCCAUUUCCAGGAAUUGAGACUGUGUCUUUUCUGUCUCCACUCCUCCCUGCAGAGCCCAGACCUCAAUCACAGUGCACAUUUGACCAGGAAAGCCAAGGCUGUUGCCCAGGGCCAGGCAGUGUCAUGGGAUGCAGUGGGUGCCAACAGCAGUUCUGUGUCUUGCUGUCUGUUGCCAUUUUCAUGGGCAGCCGGGGCUGCCUUUUUAGGCUGAGCUCUUUCAGCCCUGUGCUCUUCUUUUCCUCUGUGCUUGUUGGAGGUCAGAAGUCAUCACCCUGCUCCUGGUAAGAGUCCAUUUUCACUCCUAGGAGAGAGACUGUGCUUUCCAGGGGCACUUGGGAGCUUCACAAUGGCUCCUGAUCUGCCAGCAGCAAAACAUUUGUGUUGCAUUGCUGGUUGCAGGAGGCUUCUGCUGGGCAGGAGGUGGAGACAGGAGUGCUUCCCCAUUGGCAAGAGAUAGCCCAGGGCAACCAUCUCACCUUCUGAGCUCUGAGGUAGAGGCCUUGAGAGUUUGCUUCUACAGACUGCUCAGCCCAGGUUGCACAAGCACCCAGGUUUUGCUGGUGUUUAGUGGGCAUCAGAGGUGCUGUGGGGCUGGGGAGGUGCAGCCUGAAGGUUCAGGGUGAUGGACAAAGCAUUCCCCAUGAGGCAAGUAUCAGCAAAAGGGCACCACACUUUUAGAAAGGGAUGCCUGCAGGGAGAGAGUCCAUGCCCUGUUGCCAGCCCCUGCAAGGAAAGAUGUAAGAGCCUCACCACACCAAUCCAUGGCACAGGGGGCAAGAAGCCCUUUGGUGGCUGUAGGUGCAGGGCAGAGCAAGGAGGUUGUCCCAGCCAGAGGUGAAGCCUUCUCCUGCUGUCAGGUGAACUUCAGCUUCAGUAAAAGUCUCAGGAAGCCCCUUCCCACUUUGACCUCUGCUCUUUGAUCUCUGGCUAGAAAGCAGCUGGUGGUGAGCUUGGGGAAGAGUCAUUAACCCAAGUGCCCCUGCUUCUCAGAAGUACUGAGGACAACAGGAGAGACUUCAUUUCCCUGGCAGAUGUGCUGAGAGAUGGUAUCAGGGGAAAGAGGCACUUCAGCAGCAAGGAUGGGAAGCUGUGCAGUGAUGGGGUGGAAGGUAGGCAGGGUCCCUCUUCUUUGAGGGUAGUGGUACUUGUGGUUUACUACCCCCAAGCUUGAGAGGCAAGUCUCCUUGUGGAGGUAAUGCAUUCCUGGUGAGAUGUAAAGCCAUGCUCCUUACCCCUUCCAAUUAAAGAUCCUUUCACAUUUUUCACACUGUUCUGGCUAAAUUACAGUCCUUAAGCUUAAUUACUGUCUGUCUUCUUAAAUAUCUGUUGCAGUCCCAAUGUUAUGUUUCUCUUCCUGAUGUUUUAUGUUGCUCUGUGCCUAUGAAGUAGCUGCUUUAUUCCACUCCAGAAGUGGCUGCAUUUCAGCAAUGGUGGAUAUUAUUCCUGUAUAUAGUAUGAAAGUCCCUGCAGAAGAAAAGUGCAAUAUAAAUUUAAGAGACUGCUUUUAUUUACAAGGAGACCUCUGCUUGGUAGUUGUAGAAAUACAUUAGGAAGAAUGCUGUGUGGGUGUUAGCCGAUAUAUACUCAAUUUCUUUUUUUUUCAGGGUGUAGAACAGAAAAUAUGUGAGUGUGCAGGCUCCUGGGUAUAAGUUGUAGAUAUUAGAAGUAGUGAAUGCUGCUGUGUGGUUACAAGUGGGGCUUACAAAGAAACUUACAUUUUAAACCUCUUUUUGUAGUUGUUCAUCGUCUUCUGAAAAAUAUACUUUUUAGUUUUAAUUUUCUACAGUUCAGUGCAAGUCCAAAUAGCAGGUCAUCAACAGAACUUUAAUCCAUGGCUUUUAACAAUAUGAACAUCAAUUCCUGCUGCUUGCCCUGAAAUGCAGUUCCUGGCUGGUAAUAAUAAUAGACUAUUUUUCUUCCACAAAGAUCAGCCACUGGAAAGUGAUGGACCUAAUAUGUUCCAUUUGAUCUGGAGUUAAGUAAUUAGGAACACCUGAGUGCAACUCUUCCCAGCUGUAUGAGAGUGAAAAAUUGUUUCAUGUAUAUGAAAAACUUUGCAUAGUGCACAAAUGGUUUGGGAACUGCUUGUGGGUCCCUUUCAGCUCAGCAUAUUCUGGGAUUCUGUGAUUGGCAGGCGUGCAGAGCUGCUCCAGCAGAGCUGCACAGUGUGCUGCCUGGAGAACAGCUGUAGCAACAGUGAUAGGGAGCCCUUCUUCUGGGAACUGGUUUUCUUCUGGAAAGAAAUAUGGCAGCAAUCAGGGAAAAAUUAGGGGUGGGGGGGGAGCUUCAGAUAUUUAAGCUGGUAAUUUUUUUGCAAAAAUAAUUUAGAGAUAUGAGAAUGAGUUUAGUAAACAUGAUACAAAUCGUAUUUUAUUCCCUAUUGCUAUCCAAAGUAUUGAAAUUUAAUUUCUAUCUAUACGAAAUCCUUUGGGUGCACUACUCCAGAAUUACAAAAAAUUUGCUUUACUACCAAAGGGAGAGCAGAGGCUGGAUUUCUCCUCCUCAGCCUGUUCCUGUCACUCUGUGCCAAGAAGGGCCCGGCUUUUGGGUUGGUGCCGGGUGCUUCUCAGCCUGGGGGGGACAGUCACUGGUGCUGGUGGGAGAAGCAUCCCUCCACCACAGCCCUGAGCCUUGUCUCCAGCAUGAAGUCGUCCCAUCAAGGUGCUGUCAGGAGCAAGGCCUGCUCCCCAUUAGCUCUCAGCGAGGCUGAGGCAGGGAAUUUUAUCUAUGGGAAUUGCCCGGGGGUCCUCAUGCUGCCCCAGGCAGGGACAGGCAAAGGAACCAGGGCAUUUUCCCUCCUCCAUGGAGUAAAUGGUGUUACCUCCUCCCACUUGGAGAGACAAACCUUUUUGUUAAAUCAGAGAGCUCAGGAAGCUGCUGCUGCUUCAGGAUGUUGCUGUUUUAGUCACCUUUGUCUGUCAGCACCACGCAGAUAUCCGUUUUUCUCUGGAAAUGCUGCAGCACUCCUUUCCUCCUGGGUGCCUUUGGGUGUCCUAGCAGUGGCACAGAGGAACAUAUCUGUGGCAUAUCACUGGAGCCUAUCACAUGGGCUCUGUGCCUCGAGCUGGGCGUGGUGGGACACGGUGCCAGUGCCCCUGCUAUGCCCAGCUCUGGCACCCAGGGAGAAGGACCCUGCUUUGCAAUGAUGACAAGCAGUUGCAUUGUGAGUAUUUCUUGUGCAAAGGAUAGGCCUCCUGGCACUCCUAGCUUUGGGAAAGGCCUCUCUUUAAACUGCCCUGGUAUGUUGUCUUUUCCAGGCUGCCCUCAAUGGGGGUGCACCCCUGUUCAUAACAACAAGUGUGCAACAGCAGGACCCUCUGCAGGCUGUUGCCUUAAUUUGUAUUUGCUUUAGCCCAACUGAUAGCUGCUCAUCCUGAGACAAAAGGCUUUUACAGAAGAAAAGUCCUGGAGAGCUGUGGAUAUUGCAUUUUAACCUGAUCAAAUGGUAAUAACUGGCAGCUGUUGGUUUCCAGCAGGGAGCUGAAAGGCCUUGGUACAUCCAGCAUCCCAAAUGAUGGCUGUGGUCCAUAGGUGUUUUCAGUUCUUCCCUUGGGAUUAAGGCACAUGUUGGUUUGGCUGACCAUCUGCCAUCACCCAGCCCACCACAGGGGAUUUUGGGGUCUUCUGAUGGUUACUUAUAGUUUGGUAUGGUCAUGUCAGACCACUUGUGCCCUGGAGGCUUUAAACACCCCAAGGAGCACUGUGGGACAGCCCAGGGCCACUUUUGACCAACCCACCAUUCCAGAGAGGGAGAGGAUGCAACUUGCAGGCAACUGCCAUCUGCAGGACAACCUCUUGGCCAUGGAAAAGCAGUGCCAUCCCACUCCAUUUUGUCUGAGAUGUGUGUUUCACACCCAGACCCUGGGCUGUGAUUCAGGUGCAUGCUCAGUGGCUCUGCUGUCGGGCAUCCUUUCUGAAAGAGAGAGAGACCUCCAGAGACAGCAAAGUCAGCAGGACUUACUGUGUCCCUGUGCUGCAGGGAAUGGGGCUUGGUCCAGAUCACCUGGAUCUGCUCUGGCACCUUCUCCAUCUUGCUCCCUGCAGCCCUGGCAAAGCCUGAGGUGCUGGUGGGGCUGCCUGGAUGGUGGUGGUGGAGCAGGAGCACUUCAGGGCAUGUGUUGGUUCCAUCAGGGACCUAGUGUGGGUCAUGUCCUGGCUUCGUCAGAGCACAGGAGGCUCACAAACAGUCCCAUGCAUGGCUGAAAGGAUGGAACAGAACUUGUCUGUGUUCUCUGGAAGAGGAGAGGGGAAAGAUGAGCUCCACAGUGCACUGUCCCUUGUUUCACUGAGGGCAGGCAGCAGGCUCUGACCUGAGGCUGCUCAGAUGCUGGGCAAGGAGACUAAAGAAAAUCCUGAGACCAGAUUUCCCAGUAAAAUGCACUAGUAAAAUGCUCCAGAUCCUCAGCACAUGAAGAAGCCAGGCAAGCCACUGUCCUCCCACGGGUGAUCACUGAGGAAAGCUGCAAAGGGCUGGUCCCACCUUGUGAGCACUGUCCUUCCCUCUGCUGCCUUUCUGGUGAGGGUUUUCCAGCAUGGGACAGAGAACAAGGGAAAGGGAGAGAUGCUGUCUUUACUGUUGCAAAGGUAGAGCUGGGUGAUUAGAUAUUUUUGUAGAGACCUGUGCAAGUCUGUGGUAAAUCCAGGUUUUGCUGACAUUUGCUACGGCCUAUAAACAAUUUGUUCCUGUAGAAUGAGACAAAAUUUUGUGCUUCCACUAACUAUUGUUCUAAAAGGAAAUCAGGCUAUGAAUGUUUGAAUUAGAGUGGGAAUUUUUACCCCCAGGAUGGCCUAAAUUUAGUAUAAGAUAGGGCCAGCUGGACAGCUGUCAUACAGUGCCAGUCCCCAGGCAGUGCCAGUGCCCAGAGCUCAUAGUGAUGGAUGUGCCUUAUGCUGUAAUGGCUGGGCCCUUGCCUGAAGCUUUGAGCCAAGUGAAGGGUACCUGUCUGCUCUGCCAGCCAUGUGCAUCUGUCCUGUCUGCCAGCCAAGUCUGUAGGAAGAUGAAAGCCCCCCUGCUGCUGCUGCUGCUGUGAGCCAGUGGGGAUCUGCUUUGGCUGGGGAGAUGGGCUCUGGUCCUGCCGUUUUGGCAGUGAAGUGGCUUCCAGUUGUGUAAAGCCCAGCUGUUACAACAGAAAGAUGCUCCAGGAUCUUCAGAAGUUCCACAACUACAGCAAGCCUCAAUUCAUCAGCAAAGGCAGGUCCUGGGUAGGGGCUGGAACCUGCCAGAUGUCAGCAGUCCUGCUCGGCCGCUGAGUGAGCUGCACCUCCUUUGUUCUCAGCAUUCCAGCAGCUCAAGGCUGAGCCCAAACUAGCCAAGAGCAAGUGCAACCCCUCUUCCUCUUCUGCAUUGCAGCCUCUGCAGGCAGGCACCAACAGGUUUUCUUUUGGUGACCCUGAUAAGCAAUGGGGUGCUGAGAUGAAGCUGUUCCCAGGUGUUUCUUGCACUGUAGGUCUGGCGCUGGUAAGGUGUUUAUCUUAGCAGCUUGUAGAGGAAUCAAAGCUAAAAGCUGAGGGGUGGGUGUGUUGCAACUGCCAGAAAUGCAGCAGGGAGGAGAGAGGGCCCCUUUUACUGGUGGAGUCCCCACCUUUCCCUUCCCCACAGUCCAUGUUCUAGCUCAGAGUACCUUCAAAGGUGGGGCAUUUGGUAUAUUGUGUCUCACUGGGCCUUGUUCUCAAGAACCAACUGUGGGUGUGAGUAAACAGAGUGACAGCCAUGCUGUAGCAGCAUGGUCCGCUCAGGCAGCACCUAGAUUGUGCUGAGAGGAGAAUAUAGAUACCAUUCUGUCUAUGAAAUGCCACAGGCAUUGACGGGACUUGUGUUUGGUCUUUUGUAUGGGUGGCAGCACGUACCACACAGGGACUGAGCAAGGGACUGGUGAGCACUAGACAUUUCCCUGGGAAAAUUCAGAUGCUGAUGAGGAAAGGUAUUUACAGACUUGGAGCAAAGAAGCUUUCCUAUGCAUGUAGCAUCCUGAGACAAGAAGGCUCUCUCAGAGUUUGCUGGAGGUGACCUUUUCCUCUUGUCAAACUUUGUUCGUCUCGGCUGCCCAUCCCCAGCUUCUCAGCACAUUUAUGUAAUUGUUAGUGUUAAAGCUGGGUAAAGUGUCAGUGCUUUCAAAUAGAUGAGUUUGGCCUGUUUUCCAGUUUUUGGGAUCUUCUAGAUGUACCAUCUCAUUCCACAGCAGGGGGUUCCACAGCAUGCGUUCAUCUCAAGACAUUCCCUAAAAGCUGUGAAUGCUGCAGAUACAUGGUUCUUCUUUGUGGUUUUAGUCACAGCCCUUGCCUGACAGCAUGGAGACAAUCUCUAAUCUCUAGAUGGAAUGGGAACUUUAGUGCCAGCAUGGUUUUGCUUGGGUCCUUUUCCCCAGUCAGAACCAUCCUGCCUGUAUCACAAUACGCACAGCAGAGGAAAGGGGCCAUCAUCCAAGAUACAACUGUCUCAUGGGGAAACAACUGUGGCAUCUGCCUUUGGCCAGAAGUGAGCAUCAGACAGCGAUUUCCACACUCUUUCUCACUCCAUCCCCCUGCUCCUUACUUACCCUCACUGAGUGUUUCAUUUCCAGCCUGGAGAGACAGCAGCAGACUUCAUCCCUGGAUCCCAUUGAAGGGGAUCACACCAAAAUCCCGUCCUCUACUUCUGGGGUGCAGGGAGAACCAGCUCAGGCCAAACAGUGAGCCACUUCAGUGGGAUCUAGUUCCAGUGGGACUGCAUCACCUCACACGUCCAGGUCACCAAGGCCAGUAGGAAAGUGUUGGUUGACCUGACAGAAGUGUUUGGAAACAGCCCCAAAUGGAGUGACAAAGUCCAUGUGUGUGGGGAUACUGUGGAGGAGGGAGGGGGGUCCUCUGGUGUCUCUUGGGUUUUUUGCUAUCAGUGUCCUAGGUGAGGAUCCUGGGACAGAGCCUCAUCUCCACCCACCUCCCUCAUUGCCACCAUGUCUUGUCCCAUCCCCACUCCACAUCCCAUAGAGUGCCAUCGCCACCACUGAGUGGAGCUGGGACCCUCUUGCCACCAUGAUGCCAAGCUGUCCACAUCGUUAAAAGCACAAAAGACAAAGGGACUGAACUGAACCUUUUAAACAGGGUGAGAUGUUUUAUAAGCAUUGCCUCAUCUACCACCUCCCCCCAGCCCCAGUGCACCCGCCGUGUAACCUACAGACUCUCAGCGUGGAUUGUUUCAUUCAAAUAAAGCUGCAGUACUCGA